GGAACUCGAUUAUUUCUUUCGUCCCUGCAUCUCCAAAGACAAGAUCUUGCUCGAGUUGUCCAACAUCCCUAAGUCCUAACUCUUUAAUUAUUUUGUUAAUUUUUCCUGCAAUCUGGAUUCAUACAUAUGGUGAACCAGACACAAUGUUAGUAUAAAUUUAUUUCUCACAGCUAGCUUGAGCAGCAAUAUACUAUACUACACUGGGUGAUAAGUGAUAACAGUAUAAAUGUAUUUUGUAUAUGUUGAUUCUUUCUUCUAUACUUUGAAAAUAUAAGCUGAUAAAAUCUAUUGAAGCAGUGAAAUAGACACGGAACAGCAGUGCUGCUAAUGGUUUGGUUGUUUUUUAAAUCCACGUUCCUUCUAUAUGUGUAGAAAACAAGUGAGACCAACAAAGCAAAUCGUGAAGGUCUAGAAUAUAUGCACACUACGGGGACAAUAAGUUUUGCGAGGGUUCGCCAAAAAAUGGAAAAUGAGUUGGGAAGACCUCCAAGUGAAGCUGAAAUGUUUAUUGAGACCCGUAAAAAGAAGAUAAAUCCACAAGGAGAGAAAACAAUCAAUUUGAUAGGUGCUUUAGAAGAACUCAAAUCUCAAGAUGAAGAUGAUGAUGCAUGGGAUUUAGUCAAGAAAGAUGAACAUCCUGGACGUGUACGUCUUAGGGGGAGGGGUGUCACUAAAACCAUGCUCCAGAAUAAAAAUAAAAAGAUCAUGGAUCCCUCGGAGCAAGUUUCAGAAUCUGUUGUUCAAACUAUAUCACAAAAAGUUGAGCAAGAGUUGACAAAAAAGUUUGAAGAGCAGAAGGCAGAUUUGGUUCAUGGUUUCGCUGAGCUUUUGACUGAAACACUUGGGCAAACAAUUGAUCCGGCGGCUAUUGCAAGACUUAUUGCACGCACAAGAUCACCUGAGCAAGGUGGUAGUGCUCGAAAUCAUGAUCAUCCUCGCUCAUCUGCAAGCAGCCAUCAGCCACGAAAUGAGGAAAACAUCUGAAGAUCCAUGCUUGUCACUCUUUAG